GAAAUCUUGCCUUCUUUGUGUUUACCAUAUUUUAAAUGAUUGCUCUGCACUUUUAUUCAGAUUAACACGACUGUGAAGAUGAAAGAAAUAUUUUGUAUUUUUGCGGCCCUCCUACUCUGUGGGCUUGCUUCAGGUGGACCAGCAGGGACGGAGUUUGCUCUGUCGUUCAUGCAGAACAGCCAACUGGGCACUAACAGCGCCUCUACUCGUCUGAUGCUGGACAUUUCAAAUCCUUCCAAAUUAUUCGCCAAUGUGAAGGUAACUGCUCUGGGAAAAACCUUUGAGCAAACCAUCCAACCGGGUCAGGGUGCCACCUUCCAGCUGCCUAGUGGUGUGGAGAUCAGUGGAACCAAAACAACCCAUCAGACGAUUCAAGUGCUGUCUGACCAAAAAAUCCUGGUGUCGUCCUUCAACUACAAGUUGUACUCCUCUGACACAUCAUUGAUCUACCCUGUCGAGGACUGGGGUACAGAAUAUUACCUCUUCACCCCAAUGUUGGGUCCUCUUGGUUCCUUUAAAGAGUUUUCGAUCGUCAACUAUGACACUCAAAAUUCAAUCGAGGUCCAGCUCAGUGGUAAGGUCGUGUUUAAAGGCUCUUUUUACCCAAGAGGAAGCAAACUCACAUUCGACCUGAUGCCCAUGGAAAGCGUGCAGAUCCAAAGUCAGGAUGACCUCACAGGUUCAAGAAUCAAAUCCCAACAACCCGUCGCAGUUUUUGCAGGCCACAGUUGUGCUUGGUUUUAUUCGACAUGCUCGCAUGUGUAUGAACAGCUUAUUCCUGUUAGCAACUGGGGAAAAGAGUUCAUGGUGGCACCUAUCAACUGUACAUUGCCACAGUUUCGUUUCGACAUGGUUCAAAUAAUAGCCUCGCAAACAACUACAGUAAACAUCAACAGUGAUAGCCCAAAGUUACCUAUAAAAAUGAUAGCAGGGGAAUCUUUAUACAUUAACUUAUAUUGGCCAGACUCCUUCCACAUCACCGCCGAUAACGGGAUCCAGGUUUUGUAUUUAUUUAAUGGAGGAACGAGACAGAACGGAGACACAAUCGAGCCUUUCCUGAUGAACAUCCUGCCAAUCGAUUUCUUUGGCACGUCGUACAUCUUAUACGUUCAAACUGACUUUACAAACCAAGCCGUUAUAAUAGCACAAACCAAAGACCUGGAUGGACUCACGUUCGAUAUGUUACGCCUGCCGCAAAAUCCUCAGUGGCAGCAAGUUGGUGCCAGUGAAUAUUCAUGGGCUCAGAUAACGUAUACUCAAGGUUCUGGAUUCCAUACGGUAAGCGGUCCUAACCCCUUUGGCCUUUACAGCAUAGGAAUGGGUAACAAAAACGGUUAUGGCUCUGCAGCCCCUGGAACGUCAGCAGUGUCUACCGCCACCUGUACCAUUUCUGGAGAUCCUCACUACAACACUUUUGACAACAAAACCUACGACUUUCAAGGAACGUGCACGUACACGGCAGCUCAGGCGUGUCAUCUAGAAGGAACAAAGCUCACUCCAUUCGCGGUCGUGGUGCAGAAUGCCUUGUGGGAUGAAAUUCAGAGCUCUCCGGAUGUUUCCAUGGCUAAAGCUGUGGUUGUUGAGGUUUAUAACCUCACUUUGGUGCUUCGAAGAAACCAACUGAAACAGAUAAUGGUCAACAACAUCUUGAACAACAUUCCUUUAAGUUUGCUCAACGGAAAAGUCAAAGUCUUUCAAGAAGGCACACACUAUGCCAUCACGACAGACUUUGGCUUGAAGGUCACGUAUGAUAUGGUUUACCACGUCGCGAUCACGGUUCCCAGCGACUUUGGCGAUAAAAUGUGCGGCCUCUGCGGAAACUACAAUGAAAAACCAAUUGAUGAGUACCAGCUGCCAGACGGCAAGCAAACCACAGAUGUAAUUACGUUCGGCGCUGCGUGGAAAGUGCCCGUUGCUGGUGUCGUAUGUGACGAUGGCUGCAUUGGAAAUUUGUGUCCGACUUGUGACCCACAGAAGAAGAUUAUCUAUGAAAAAGACUGCAGUAUCAUCACUGAUCCUAAAGGGCCUUUCGCAGCCUGCCACGGUGUGAUAAACCCCAUGUCAUACUUUGACGAUUGUGUGUAUGAUGUUUGCAUCGGUGAGGGAGAUCGGGACAUGCUCUGCCACAGCGUUGGUUCCUAUGUGAUUGACUGCCAGGAUUUUGGAGUCGCAAUCCAAAACUGGAGAACACCUCAGUUCUGCCCUUUAAUGUGCCCUGCUAACAGUCACUACCAGAUAUGUGCCGUGAUCUGUGACACACCCUGCCCCGGGCUAACCGACAUCAACACCUGCAAUAAAAACACCUGCGCGGAAGGCUGCGCCUGCGACACUGGUUUCUAUUUCAACGGAACAGGCUGCAUGCCAUUGGAACAAUGCGGCUGUUAUGAAAACGGCGUUUCCUACGAGAUUGGAGAAUCUGAAGUUCAAGAGGGCUGCCAUAAACGCAUAACUUGCAAACCCUCUGGUGAAGUGACACAUGAAUUUAUUAAAUGUAAUGACUAUGAAAUCUGCCAGAAUCAAAAUGGCGUCCGCGGGUGUUACCCAGCGCAGUGUCUCAUAGAAGCAGGAGGCUCUAUAACUCUUUUUAGUGGAAAAAGUGGAGGCCUUACAGAAACUGGAGCAUAUGAGAUAGUGAAAGUGUGUAAUGAUACUCUGGACACUCAAUGGUUCCGUGUGGUAGUGGAGGUUCUGAUGUGUGGUGAAACUGGAUUCAAUGGUGUGGCUGCUGCGUAUGUCUUCUAUGAGGGUGGCAUCAUUUCUGUGAACAGAGAACUUUCAACAUGGGUCAAUGGAAUGAAAGUUGCUCUACCAAAGGAACUGAAUAAUAACAUUUCAGUUCAGCUGUCUGGUGAUGCUGUUGUGAUUAAGAUGUCUGCGCUCACAGUGACUUACACCUCACUGGCUUUCGUGGUAACAGUUAAUGGGCAGAUGGAUGGCGUGUUGUGCGGUGCCUGUAGUCAGUUAAAUGCUGAAUAUGUUGCUAGUAGUGGGAUGAACAUUUGGAGAGCCCCUGAUUUCCCCAUAUCAUGUGUUUAAAAUGUUAAAAAGGCUAGUGAGGAUAGAAAUAUAGCUGUGGUUGAAUGUGUACAAUGAAGAUUAUAUAGAUAAAUCCAUAAAUCCAUCUUCCUUCAUAUCUCUAGGUAUCUCCUGUUUUUACCACAGUGCCUAAAUUGAUUUGUUCAUAAUACAUUUUGAUUUCUAUGAAGCUUUCCACUUGAUUUUGAAGAAGAAAUAAAGCACAGUAUAGGCUACUGUAUGAUCUGAUUAAAGUGCUUUGUGAUGACUGUAUGGACAUAUUAAAAUGAGCUAAUUUUAUACUUAUAAUAUUGUUGGGAGUAGAUUUGUAAAGUGUAAAGUGCACAAACUGCAUAUGUAUACACUUAUAAAUCAUUAUAAUGAAGCUUUA